UGGAUUGGAAGAUGCAAAACUUUACUUUACCACCAAAAUUAGAGGCCAGCCUUUUAGCUACCUUUGGAAUUGGGACACAAAUAUCAUCACCAUAUCAACACUACUCUCCCUCUCCAUUAUUGCAUACUGCCAUUCACGUCUCUGUCACAUUUCUCCCUUUUAACAAUUCCAACAAUAUUAUUAUUAUAUAAAUCUCCAUACCUCACUCACACCUCCAAUCCAAAGCCAGAUACUAAGUUAUCCCAGUAUUGCUUUCAAUGGAAGAAGACUUGUCCUGUUGUUCUGCUUCUUCUUCUUCUUCUUCUUACCCUCCUUCCACUCCUUCCACUUCCAACAAUUCGUCCUCUGCCCAUGGCGGCGGGGACAAACACAAGUCGAUUCAGAUGGUGCCCAGAUCGGUCUCCGACAGGCUUCUCGACAAGUUCUUCGAUGUGACCGAAUUCGGAUUCGAUUACGAGCAGAGCGGGUUGUGGUCUCCACCGGUGAAGAGGAGUGUGUUCAUGAAUUCCCCCGGUGGGAGGAUAUUCAAUGAGGAAGAGAUGCUCCACAAGCUCAGGAGCGUGAUGGAUGCUCGCAGUUCCAGCAGCAGGAGAUACAAGGCUUGUUUCAACGUGGUGGUUUGGUGCUGUUGAGUUGAGUGACAGAAAAUGAAUGAACUCCCUUCCCUGGCUAUCCAGAAAUGGGGAAAUCUCUCAUUUUCCUGUUGUAAUUCCUUCCUUCCUUCCUUCCUUCUGCUCCAUUGUUUGGCUGUCUUUGGAAUUAUCAUGACAUUGUAAAUGUGCAGUACUGUACUGUACUGCUAAUCUUGUGAAUAUACAUAGUGGCUUUGUUAUACAGAAAGCCAUUGCAAUUGCAGCAAAGAUUUAAAUCUAAUGCGU